UCCUAAUAUUCACACUUCUUCAAUUAUCCACCAUUGUUGUUGUUUUAUGCACAUGAAACAAAGAAAUAAAUAAAAACAGUCCGCGGAAGGCCCUCCCCUUUUCACGACACGCUGCGUUGCCUGACGAACGUCUGACGUCAUGCCGCUGUCGACGGCGUACAAAACAUGGCUGCUCCCCAUGAUGUGUAACAAGGACGACAAAAUAGAGAAAAUGGUGCCAUCUACUGAGGAAGAAGAGAAGGAGAAGGAAAACACAACGGAAGAGAGAAAAGAAGACAAGGAAGAAGGUAAAGAGGCAGAAGAAAAAGGAAAAGAUGAUGAUGAAGGUGACAAUAAUGGAGAUGAUGAUGAGGAAGAGGAAAGUAGCAAUGAUAAAGAAGAGAGAGAAAAAGUAGCACCACAAGCCACACAUAAAACAAAUCCAUCACCAGUUCAAUCUGAAAAGAAAAAGUCAUCUGAUGUCCUGAACCUCAACAAUGAGGUGGUGAAGAUGAGGAAGGAGGUGAAGAGGGUGAGGGUUUUGAUCAUCAGGAAAAUGAUACGUCAGAUUGCUGCGCUGAAGAAGCAAAAGGGGAAGGAGACAGAAAUUGAAAGAAAUCAAAGGAGAGCAGCAAGGUUGCUGGAGGAGGUCCACACCAUGAAGAACCUUUUACCAGACCUGGUGACCAAGACAGCUUUGCAGAAGAAUCUCAACUUUGAAGAGGUGUGCAAAAACCCCAAGUCUACUAUUUCUGACCGAGCUAUUGCACGCAUCGCCACCCACCCUCAGUUCAACAAGAAGAUUGAGGACAUUAAAGCUGCUGUGAAAGCCUUCAAGGAGGAGCGGAUGAAGGGUGGGAAGCAGGGAAGAAAGGAAAAGAUGCAAAAUCAACCACCAACUGUUGCCAAAGCUGAAAAAGAAAUAGAGAAAAAAUGGGACUCAGCUGGUCCUGCUGAUAUUCAAAUUCAAAAGAUGCCAGAAUUUAAGAGUGCAAGACCAGAGGCAGUAAAAAGUAGUAAUGUAAAGGACAUUGUGAAAAAUAAACCUCAAAGUAAAGCUGCAGAAAAGAAACCCAACAUUAAGCCUGCCCCUGUGGUGCUCCAAAAACAAACGGACGAUGAAGAGAGUGACUUUGAGUCGUCAGAUGAUGAAGAGAAGGAGUACUUUGAUGACAGCACAGAGGAACGUUUCCAAAAGCAAUCCUCCCAGUCAGAGGAGAGCGACGAUGAUGACGACUUCUUUGUAGGGAAAGUGAGUAAAUUCAAGAAGAAGAAGGAAAAACAGAAAAACACAGAAGGAGAGGAGAAAAUAGACAAGAGAUCUGAAGUGACAAAGGACUCGGUAGACAAUGUGAAAUCUAAAGACAAGCUCCAGAGUGAGCUUGAUGAGCUUGAGUCUAGGCUGAAGUCUAAAGCCCCCGGCCUACAGUCUGUCUUCUGUUCUUCCCUGGCUGGGGCUAAGGCUGGUAGGGGUGGAGGUACUGGCAGAGGGAGAGGUGGGGAUAAAUUUAGGGAGCAAGGGAAACCAAAAGGUGGCAGUGGUUUGAAUAGAGAUUUUAGUAAGCAAUCCAAGUUCCAAAAGCAUGAGAAAGGUACAGAAAAUAAUUCAGGGUCCAAGUAUAGCAAGCCUUGUCCUGAAGACGGCGAGGCGAGGGGCUUUGCUUCUGCUGGCAGAGGGAGGGGGCGAGGCAGAGGUGAUGCUUUAAGGCAAAAGAGUCACAGAGGUGGAGGAGGCUUUGCUCACCAGCCACCACAGCAGGCACUGCAUCCAUCCUGGGAGGCCAGUAAGAAAAGGAAGGAACAGCAAGGACAAAUCCUGGCCUUCCAGGGGAAGAAGAUCAAGUUUGAUGAUGAUGAUUGAAAUUAUUUUUUGUUUACCUUUUGAUUGAGUGUCUUAUGCUUUAUAUUUGGAUAAUUCGUGUCAUCUUACACCAUAGUAACUUAUAAAGGUCAUCACUUAUCACUCACCAGUGGUGAUCGCAGUAUAGUUCAGCCCAGGUUCUCAAUAUAGGAGUUUUCCGUAGAUUUAUGUCCAUUUCAGUCCUUCCAACAAUCAAAUAAAUCUGCUUGGGGAUCUUUGUAAACUGAUGUUUGGUAGAUUAACUGGUAAUGUGGAGGAUUAUAGAUCCAGUCUGAAACCUCCCAAACUGCUUACAGACUCAUCAGAGCCGCCCUGAUAAUAUCCAACAUGUUUGACAUUUAGGAGCAAAAAAUCUGGAUUGUUACAAUUAUAAUCACUACAUGAACUGUGAACCCCGUUACCAAGCAACACAAAACAUCCUAGCGCUUGAGGCUAACGUUAGCUACAGAUCAUAAAGCUAACUAUUAAAAUGUCACUCCUCCUUCUCAUUGAAAUUCGACAAACUGUGUUAUCAGCGAUUUCAAAAUCAUAUUCUUUUUAGCUUUCUGCUUUUGUGUUUGUUUUUUAAUAACUGCACAGUAUUUUUAGCUUUACAGCCACUUGUUGCUUGAUGUUGUGCACAUCUGUUUCUUGAUGUGGUCAUGUGAGGUAGCGCACUGCUCCCUCUGGCUUGAUUAUCUUGUAGCAUGUGAUGCGCCAUAAUUUUCAAACCCUGUAGAAUGUGCACGUCUGAAAUUAGAAAAUAUCUUUGAAGUUUGUCCUUAUGUUUUGUGACACAGCCUGGUUUCAUAAUCUCGUAGGAUUUUAAAGGUCCUGUAGUGUGAACCUGGCCUCAGUGAGGACGGGUUGUAUGGUGUAAAGUGCUUUUUCAUCCCGGUUAAAGACACCAAACCCUGAUGUUUCAGUCUAAAACAUUCACAAAAAUAUGUUGUUAGCAGAUUAUUUCCAAAUGUGAUGCUUAGCUGUGCCACAACAGUUUAAGAAACAAGUAAUUUGUAAAGAUGUGCUCUAGUAAUGUUACAAAUUUGUAAGUGGGGGUUUGGAAAGAAUCAUUGUUUUCCUCUUUGUGUUUUUAAACCUGUACACAGCUCUUUCCUCCUUACAGUUGUGCUAGAUUGAAAUAGCCCAUGUAUAUUUAUGAUUCCAAUGAUGGUAAAUGAUGUUUUGUUGCUUUGUAUCUCUUGUGAAACUAAUAUAAUGUUAUACAUACAGACAUCCACUGCAGCUAAACCUUAAGGUCUUCUUCUUGUUGGUCGCCCAUAAUUAAAUGAUUUAAUAUUACAAAGUU